AUGAAUUCGAGAGGUGGAAGUGUAUGUUAUAAAUGCAAUCAACCAGGUCAUUUUGCUCGUGAAUGUCCAGAUGGUGAUAGUGGUGGUGGUGGUGGUCGAGGAGGAUUCAGUGGUGGACGAGGUUCGUACGGUGGUGGAAGUACGUUUAGAGGACGUGGAUCAUAUGGUGGUCGCGGAGGUUUCAGCGGUGGUGGUGGUGGUGGUGGUGGUUCAUUUGAUAGACAAGGUGGUCGUUGUUAUCGAUGUAAUCAAACAGGUCAUCUUGCUCGUGAUUGUCCAGCAGAUAGUGGUCAAAGUGUUUGUUAUAAUUGCAAUCAACCUGGUCAUUUAAGUCGAGAUUGUACAGAACCACGUUCAAAUAAUUUUGGUGGUGGCGGUGGUAGUGGUGGUUUUCGUGGUGGUCGUGGUGGUGGCGGCGGUGGCGGUGGCGGUGGCGGUGGUAAUUGCUAUCGAUGUUCAAAAUCAGGACAUUUUGCACGUGAUUGUCCAGAACCAGAUCAACGUAGUGGUUCAAAUCAACAUGGUAGUGAAGGAGAUUAG